AAAAAGCUAAAGAUCGCGACAGUAAUGGAGGAUAUGGGAGAGGAAAAACAUGGCGUCAGGUGAGGGCGGUUUUGGCGAAGGCAAAUGCAUCCCAGUAACCACUCUUCUCUUCUCGCCGUGCUUCUCCAGCGCACCCCACGCCCUUUAAAUACGACCCCCUCUUCCUCUCCUGCUCCCCGCUCGCAUAGCAAGCGCAAGCGCCAACACUCUCUCUCCGUUCUCUUGGAGUGGAGGACGGAGCGGAAAGCAGCGACCUUGGCAUCGAUUUCGCUGUCGGAGUGGUGGGGUUUUCCCCAAUCGGAAGCGGAAAGGAGUCACCUGCUGGAACUUUUAGAUUAAGGAUUUAGCAUGCUGAAGAGAAGAUCCAGAUCAGUUGGUGGCAAGCAGGGAUUGAUGAUGUCUGAUUCCAAUUCUCCUCUAUCUCCCUCUGCAAGCAAGACCGUUGCUUCGUCCCAUUUGCUCCUCCGGAGCUUCUCUUCCAAGAGAUUUGCAGACAUCGAAGCCGCCAUGAGCCCGACCUCCAUACUCGAAACCAGGCCCUUUUCCUCCUCUGCGAACCUCAUGCAGCCAAAGAAGCCUCCUUUUGAUUCCAUUGAGCCCAUUGGCCUUGGUAUUGUGGAUGCCCUCAACGGGGAGAAGAACUCUCAGCGCCGAAUGGUUGUGUUCGGGCCACAGUUGAAGAUUCAGAUUCCCACCGUUGCCUCCGUGGAGUUUCCGAAUUCCCCGAUCGAGUUCGGGGUCAAGAACAAGGAGUCCCAAUUGGCACUCUUCUCCCCUGCCCGGAUAUCCUCCGGCCAUGAGGUGCCUGCUGUCUCUAGGUCCAUCUCCAUGAGCGAGAUGGAGCUCUCCGAAGACUACACGCGCGUGAUUUCCCACGGGCCGAAUCCGAAAACCACUCACAUCUUCGAUAAUUGCAUCCUAGAGCCCUGCAUCGAUGAAUCCAUUGCCGCCGCGGCGAAGGAGAACUCUGCAGAUGAAUUUUUGACUUCUUGCUAUGCAUGUAAGCAAGUUCUUGGACCAGGAACAGACAUCUUUAUGUAUAGUAAUGUUUCUUUCAGAGGCGAGAAAUCAUUCUGCAGCACCAAUUGUCGGCACCGCGAGAUGCUUAUCGACGAAGGUUUGUUCAAGAAUCCCUCGGUAGAUUCAUCGCCGAUGAACUGAACGACGAUUAUGAUCCUGAAGAAGUGCAAAUCCUUAUUUCCGCAAACUUAAAUCUAAAACAGUCUUACUGAGAGCUGCUGGCUCAUUUUUUGCAUCCAUCUGGGUGUGUUUUUUCUGUGUGUAUUUUUGGUUUUAAUGGAGGAAAAUUUUUGAAAAAUA